AUCGUUCGCCAUUCAAACGCGAUUCAAACAAGCACAAAAGCCUUCACGCCCGGGGUGGGGUUGAGCAUCGUACUUCACUUACAAAAACAAACACAGCGCGUAUCUGGGCGUAGAGUUGACCGCGGACAGCGACCCACACGACUCGUUCCCCCCACAGCAGCAGCAGCAGUAGCAGCAGCAGCAGCAGGACGGGUCACACUACCUCUCUGCCGGUGCCGGUUCCUCGUGUUAUCUACGUGCGGCGUUUAACUGCCCCAAGAUCGAUCAGUCGCUACCAUUCCUUCAGCUCGACAGGACAGACCGUAGCACCGGGUCUCCUUACGCUUCGUGUGAGUUAUUUCACUGAGUGGCUGCUGAUCCGAGUUUAAAAAGCAAUAGAGGAACCGUGACACAGCAUUCCGGUUGAAGCGAAGGGUUUUUUUUCCCUGCAUCCCUUAAGCAAAAUAGUGAAAGUAUUUCCUUUUGCGUAUCGACCUAUCGUGUGUGUGUGUGAUUUUCCGCAUUUUUUUUGGGUUUGAAUUAUAUCAAGUGAUCCGUGUCGAGUCGCAAGCAUGGCAAGCAAAAUGAAGAAAGAGAAAGUUGCCAUCAUCGGAAGCGGUCUCAUCGGACGUUCCUGGGCAAUGCUGUUUGCCGGCGUGGGCUACCAGGUAACCAUCUACGAUAUCAUUCCGGAUAUUGUGGAGAAGGCACUGAAGGACACGAAGCUGGAGCUGGACAGCAUCGAGAAGCAGGGCCUGCUGCGCGGUAACCUGACGGCCGCGGAGCAAUUUGCCUGUAUUAGCGGCACGGAUAAGCUGAAGGAUGCCAUCACGGGUGCCAUCUACGUGCAGGAGUGUGUCCCGGAGCGGUUGGACAUCAAGAAGAAGCUGUACACGGAGGUGGACGGGCUGGUGGGACCGAACACGAUCCUGGCCAGCUCGACCAGCACCUUCAUGCCCUCGUUGUUCAGCGAAGAGAUGAAGCAUCGUGCUCAGGUCCUUGUAGCGCACCCGGUUAACCCUCCGUACUAUGUGCCACUGGUGGAGAUCGUGCCGGCACCGUGGACCAAACCCGAGUACACCACCAAAGCCCGCGAGCUGAUGACGGAAAUUGGACAGAAACCCGUCACACUCUCGCGACAGAUCGAAGGCUUCGCACUGAACCGCAUCCAGUAUGCGAUCCUCAACGAAACCUGGCGCCUGGUGGCGGACGGCAUUCUCAGCGUGAAAGACAUCGACGUGGUGAUGUCGGAAGGGUUGGGCAUGCGGUAUGCCUUCCUUGGCCCGCUGGAAACGGCCCAUCUGAAUGCGGAAGGAAUGCUUAACUACUGUGAGCGGUACUGUAACACGAUUCACGCCGUCAGCGAAACGAUGGGCCCGACGCCCCGGAUGGAGGGCAAGGUGGCGGAGCAGGUGGCCAAAGAGCUGGAGGAGAUGGUACCGAUCGACAAGCUGCCGGAGCGUCGUGCAUGGCGCGACGCCUGUCUGACGAAGCUUGCCCAGCUGAAGAAGAAUAUUUAGGUUUAGGAUGGCGAUUUCGAAGCAUUUUUUU